AUGUACGGUCUCACUCGUGGCAUGCGCGUCGCUGCCGGCGCACGCGCCGCUAUGCCGCAGCCCAUGCGCGCUGCCCAGCUGGCGCGCAUGACGCCCAUGGGCGCCCGCUUCAACUCUGGCAAGGUCACCGGCCCCGUCAUCGGCAUUGACCUGGGCACGACCAACUCGUGCGUCUCCAUCAUGGAGGGCCAGGCCGCGCGCGUGCUCGAGAACGCCGAGGGCGGCCGCACCACGCCCUCCGUCGUCGCCUUCACCAAGGAGGGCGAGCGGCUCGUCGGCGUGCCGGCCAAGCGCCAGGCUGUCGUGAACCCCGAGGGCACGCUCUUCGCCACGAAGCGCCUCAUCGGCCGCAAGUUCCAGGACAAGGAGGUGCAGAAGGACCUCAACAACGUGCCCUUCAAGAUUGUGCCGCACUCCAACGGCGACGCAUGGCUCGAGGUGCGCGGCACCAAGUACUCGCCCAGCCAGAUCGGCGGCUUUGUCGUGGGCAAGAUGAAGGAGACGGCCGCCAGCUACCUUGGCAAGUCCGUCGGCCACGCCGUCAUCACUGUCCCGGCCUACUUCAACGACGCCCAGCGGCAAUCGACGAAGGACGCCGGCGCCAUCGCUGGUCUGGAGGUGCUCCGCGUGAUCAACGAGCCGACCGCCGCGGCGCUGGCCUACGGCCUGGACCGCACCGAGUCGUCGGUGAUUGCCGUGUUCGACCUGGGAGGCGGCACCUUCGACGUGUCGAUUCUCGAGAUGCAGAAGGGCGUGUUCGAGGUGAAGAGCACCAACGGCGACACGCACCUCGGCGGUGAGGACUUCGACAUUGUGCUCGUCGAGCACAUCGUCAAGGAGUUCAAGAAGGAGAGCGGCAUCGACCUGGGCAAGGACCGCAUGGCCAUUCAGCGCAUCCGCGAGGGUGCCGAGAAGGCCAAGAUCGAGCUGUCGAGCACGUCGCAGACGGACAUCUCGCUGCCGUACAUCACCGCCGACGCUUCGGGCCCGAAGCACAUCAACAUGAAGAUGAGCCGCUCGCAGCUCGAGGGCCUCGUGGGCAAGCUCAUCGAGCGCACCGUCGAGCCGUGCAAGAAGGCUCUCUCCGACGCCGGCGUCAAGCCGAGCGAGGUGCAGGAGGUCAUCAUGGUCGGCGGCAUGUCGCGCAUGCCCAAGGUGCUCGAGACGGUCAAGAGCAUCUUCAAGCGCGACCCGAGCAAGGGCGUGAACCCGGACGAGGCCGUCGCCAUCGGCGCCUCGAUCCAGGGCGGCGUGCUCAGCGGCCAGGUCACCGACAUCCUGCUGCUCGACGUGACGCCGCUCUCGCUCGGCAUCAACACGCUCGGCGGCGUCUUCACGCGUCUCAUCAACCGCAACACGACGAUCCCGACCAAGAAGAGCCAGGUCUUCUCGACUGCUGCCGACGGCCAGACCGCCGUCGACAUUCAGGUGUACCAGGGCGAGCGCGAGCUUGUGCGCGACAACAAGCUGCUCGGCAACUUCCAGCUGUCGGGCAUCCCGCCGGCGCCCAAGGGUGUGCCGCAGAUCGAGGUCACGUUCGACAUUGACGCCGACGGCAUUGUCAACGUGUCCGCCAAGGACAAGGCCACCAACAAGGACGCCGCCGUGACGAUCGCCGCCGGCUCGGGCCUGAGCGACGAGGAGGUCGAGCGCAUGAUGGCCGAUGCCGAGCAGCACGCCGAGGCAGACAAGGCGCGCAAGGCGCUCAUCGAGGAGUCCAACCGCGCCCAGUCGGUGGCCGGCGAGACGAGCAAGGCGAUUGCCGAGUUCGGCGAGCAGCUAGCGGGCGAGGAGAAGGAGAACGUGCUCAAGCUCGUCAAGGAGCUCGAGGAGCUCGCGGCGCAGGCCCAGGGCGGCGAGAGCGAGGUUGACGCCGACACGCUGCGCCAGAAGAUCGACGCCACGCAGCAGGCGUCGCUCGGCCUCUUCAAGAAGGUGUACGAGGCCCGCGCGCAGGCCAACGACCAGCAGCAGCAGCCCAAGGAGGGCGAGGGCGAGAAGAAGGACUAA